AUGAAACAUUACGCUGAUAAGAAAAGGAAAGAUAUAGAGUUCUUGGUGGGAGACAUGGUUUACUUAAAGUUACAACCAUACAUACAUACAUUCUUGAGCUUACACAUGUUUCUGAAACUGCAUUCUAAGUUCUAUGGCCCUUUUAGAGUUCUAGAAAAGGUUGGCAACACAACAUAUAAGCUUUUACUUCCAGAGGGGUGUCAGUUGCAUCAUACCCUCCAUGUUAGUCAACUGAAGAAACACAUUAGCUCUCAUGUCAUUCCUACAAAAUACCUUCCUUUGCUGGAUGCAACUGGACUCAUCAAAAUGGAGCCUGGAGCCAUUUUAGAGAGAAAAUUAAUACCUUGGCCGUUGGGGCAACACCAGCAUUCCAGUUGUGCACUGGUUAUUCAAUGA